AUGGAGCUCAUCACCAUCCUAGAGAAGACGGUCUCGCCGGACUGCUCGGAGCUCGAGGCGGCGCAGAAGUUCCUGGAGCAGGCGGCCAUCGAGAACCUGCCCACAUUCCUGGUGGAACUGUCCAAAGUGCUGGCAAACCCCGGGAACAGCCAGGUCGCGCGCGUGGCCGCCGGGCUGCAGAUCAAGAACUCGCUGACCUCCAAGGAUCCCGACAUCAAGGCCCAGUACCAGCAGAGAUGGCUCGCCAUCGACGCCAACGCGCGCAGGGAGGUCAAGAACUUUGUUCUACAGACCCUGGGCACCGAGACGUACCGGCCCAGCUCGGCGUCGCAGUGCGUGGCCGGCAUCGCCUGCGCCGAGAUCCCCAUGAACCAGUGGCCAGAGCUGAUCCCGCAGCUGGUGGCCAACGUCACCAACCAGCACAGCACCGAGCACAUGAAGGAGUCCACGCUCGAGGCCAUCGGUUACAUCUGCCAGGACAUCGAUCCAGAGCAGCUCCAGGACAAAUCCAAUGAAAUCCUGACUGCCAUAAUCCAGGGAAUGAGAAAGGAAGAGCCCAGCAACAAUGUGAAGCUUGCAGCUACCAACGCACUCCUGAACUCUUUGGAAUUCACCAAAGCAAACUUUGACAAAGAGUCUGAAAGGCACUUUAUUAUGCAAGUAGUCUGUGAAGCCACACAGUGUCCAGACACGAGGGUACGAGUGGCUGCCUUGCAGAACCUGGUGAAGAUAAUGUCCCUUUAUUAUCAAUAUAUGGAGACCUACAUGGGGCCUGCCCUCUUUGCUAUCACGAUUGAGGCGAUGAAAAGCGACAUAGACGAGGUGGCUCUGCAGGGCAUCGAGUUCUGGUCCAACGUGUGCGACGAGGAGAUGGACCUGGCCAUCGAGGCCUCGGAGGCAGCAGAACAAGGACGGCCCCCAGAGCACACCAGCAAGUUCUAUGCCAAGGGGGCUCUGCAGUAUUUGGUCCCUAUUUUGACCCAGACCUUAACAAAACAGGACGAGAACGACGACGACGACGACUGGAACCCGUGCAAGGCUGCAGGGGUGUGCCUGAUGCUGCUGGCCACGUGCUGCGAGGACGACAUCGUGCCCCACGUGCUGCCCUUCAUCAAGGAGCACAUCAAGAACCCCGACUGGCGCUACCGCGACGCCGCCGUCAUGGCCUUCGGCUGCAUCCUGGAGGGGCCAGAGCCCAGCCAGCUCAAACCUCUGGUCAUUCAGGCCAUGCCAACGUUGAUAGAGCUGAUGAAGGAUCCCAGCGUGGUGGUCAGGGACACGACAGCCUGGACCGUGGGCAGGAUCUGUGAGAUGUUACCUGAGGCCGCCAUCAACGACAUCUACCUGGCCCCGCUGCUGCAGUGCCUGAUGGAGGGGCUGGGUGCUGAGCCCAGGGUGGCCACCAACGUCUGCUGGGCCUUCUCCAGCCUUGCUGAAGCUGCCUAUGAAGCUGCAGAUGUGGCUGAUGAUCAGGAAGAACCAGCAACCUACUGCUUAUCCUCCUCCUUCGAGCUGAUAGUGCAGAAACUGCUGGAGACUGCAGACAGACCUGAUGGACACCAGAAUAACUUGAGGAGUUCUGCCUAUGAAUCCCUGAUGGAAAUAGUGAAAAACAGUGCCAAGGACUGUUAUCCUGCUGUCCAAAAAACCACGCUGGUCAUCAUGGAGAGGCUCCAGCAAGUGCUGCAGAUGGAGUCUCACAUCCAGAGCACCUCUGACAGAAUCCAGUUCAAUGAUCUCCAGUCCCUUCUCUGUGCUACUCUCCAGAACGUGCUGCGGAAGGUGCAGCACCAGGACGCGCUGCAGAUCUCGGACGUGGUGAUGGCGUCGCUGCUCCGAAUGUUCCAGAGCACGGCCGGCUCCGGGGGGGUGCAGGAGGACGCCCUGAUGGCCGUCAGCACCCUGGUGGAAGUCCUGGGUGGAGAAUUCCUGAAGUACAUGGAUGCCUUCAAGCCUUUCCUUGGGAUUGGGCUGAAAAACUACGCUGAGUACCAGGUCUGCCUGUCGGCAGUGGGGCUGGUGGGGGACCUGUGCCGAGCCCUGCAGUCCAACAUCCUCCCCUUCUGCGACGAGGUGAUGCAGCUGCUCCUGGAGAACCUGGGGAAUGAGAACGUGCACAGGUCGGUGAAGCCACAGAUCCUCUCGGUGUUCGGGGACAUCGCCCUGGCCAUCGGGGGCGAGUUCAAGAAGUACCUGGACGUGGUGCUCAACACCCUCCAGCAGGCAUCCCAGGCCCAGGUGGACAAGUCCGACUACGACAUGGUGGAUUACCUGAACGAGCUGCGGGAGGGCUGCCUGGAGGCCUACACUGGGAUCAUCCAGGGGCUCAAGGGAGACCAGGAGAACGUUCACCCUGACGUGAUGCUGGUGCAGCCCAGGGUGGAAUUUAUCCUGUCCUACAUUGACCACAUCGCGGGGGACGAGGAUCACACGGACGGGGUGGUGGCCUGUGCUGCUGGGCUCAUAGGGGAUUUGUGUACAGCUUUUGGGAAGGAUGUCCUGAAAUUAGUAGAAGCCAGACCCAUGAUCCAUGAGCUGCUAACAGAAGGGAGGAGAUCCAAGACGAACAAAACAAAAACCCUCGCCACCUGGGCCACGAAAGAGCUGAGAAAACUCAAGAACCAAGCUUGAUCUUCACCAUUGGGACGACACCUGAGGACCCCCACUGGAAGAAAAAAAAAAAAAAAAACAAAAAACCACCAAACAAAAACAACAACAACAACAAAACAAACGACAACACCACCAAGAAAAGACAAAAAAAGGAAAAAAAAAAAAAAAAAAUCUCCAAUCUCCUACAAAACCCCCCAAAAACCCCGGGAGUGAGGACGUGUGCGGAAUGUUUGGGAGUGAGAGGAUGCUGAGGAUGAGUGAGUGAGGCUCGGAACAAAAAUCCCAACUUUUGGCAUCCAGGAGGGAAUUCUGUAUUUCCCACCCCCUCCCCUCCCCCCCAAAAAAAAAAAAAAAUCCAACAAAAAAAAGGGGGGGGGAAAAAAAAAAAAAAACAACCCCAAAAUUCCCAAGAGCGGCUGAACUCGGAGGAGAAAAUGAGGGAAAAACGGGGAAAAUUGGGAUUCAAGUGGUGCUCUGUGAGGUUUUGGUUGCUGGAGAGAGAGAGAGGUGGAAAAAAUGGGAAUUUCCCGGGAUUUGGGAGUUUCCUGGGAUUUGGGAAUCUCCGGGAUGAGGCGAAUCCCAAAAGGAGAGAGAAGGAAUUUUCCAGAGGAGUGAGUGUGUGUGAGUGAGGUCAUAUCCACAUUCUCAACUUCCCAAAAAAAAACCAAACAAACAAAACAAAAACAAACAAAAAAAACCAACAACAAAAAAAUUCGAAUUCGUUGCAGUUUCUUGCUUUUUUUUUUUUUCCCAAAAAAACCACAAAAAAAAAAAAAAAUUUAUACUGGGAAAAAAAAAAAGAAUUAAAAAAAAAUACAAAAAAAAGAAAAAAAUGUAAAAUAUACAGAAAAUUUAAAGGUUCAGCUGUUGCAUUUCAUAACUGAGGUUCAGGCAGUAAGAGAUGGGGAAAAAAUAGUAGAAAAGAGGAAAAAAAAAAUAAUAAAAAAAAUAAUAAAAAAAAAAAUUUCAGGAAAGUCGCUUUUUUAGGGAUUUUAUUUUUAGGGAAUGCUGAAUGUUUGGAGCUCUUGGCUUGUCCUGCUCAGCAACAAAAGCGCCUUUCCUUCCUUAAAUAUUCAACUGUGAAUGUAGAAAUGGGGGAAAAAAAACACAAUUUUGGGGUUGCAGGGAAUAGAAAAAUCCCAUUUGUCCAGCGAGUUUCAGGCUUCAAAAAUUCCAAAAAAAAAAAAAAUAAACAAAAAAAAAAAUAUAUAUAUAAAAGGUCAGGAAAAAAAAAAAAUUGAAAAAAAAAAAUCAGAAUUUUUUUUUUUUUUUUUUUUUUUUUUUAAAGUGCUGCGAAUUGGGAGAUCUGGCUCGGAUUGUAGCAGAAUCAAAAUUGUGCCAAAGAGUUCAAAAAGAUGUGGGGGUGGGGGGAAAAAAAAAAAAAAAAACAAAAACGGAGGUAAAAAUACGUACAAAAAGAAGGAAAAAAAAUGAAAAAAUUCAGGUGAUGUUUGGAGAAGAAAUUGAAGUUGAAAAAAAAAAAAAACCCAAAAAAAAAAAAAAAAGGGAUUAAAAACCGUUUAUUUGGAAUUAUUUGGGAUUUUU